CGGCGUUCGGUGGGGAUGAGAGGCCCGCGGACUCGGGCUUGGGGCCGCAUGGACACCCUGGUGCCGGCUCGGUGGCGACGGCGGAGGGCGGAGGAGCUUCAGGUUCCGGGGGACGCGAAACGGGCAUGCAAGAGAGUAGAAGCGGCCGGGCCGGAAUGGGGCUGCGGCCCCGCGAAGCUCAGUGCCCUGGUGUCCUGGAGUGGCGGGGGGCUGCCACGUGUGGGGAUUCCUCAGAACGGUGGAAGGAGCUCAGCCCAGCCUUGCCUGAGAUGUAUUGCGGGGGAGUCUGGACAUCUUAACCACACCGAGAGCCAAUAGAAGGUGCAAGUUGGAAGGUUCCGUCCAUGUGCCAACGAGGGUCGCCCUCAUGAUGGACCUGGGUGCCCACCUGUUCAAAUCACAGCCCGUGUCCCCUGUCCAGGAGAUCCACCACCUGCUGUAUGAGAGCCAGGAGGACCCCGUCACCUCAGAGGAGCCCUCAAACAGUUGUCCCCCGCUACACCUUUCAGAUGUAUCUUUCUUGACAAGGAAAUCGUUUGCGUCAUUUAAAAGUUAAAAAAAAAAAUGUCAGUAUCAAAUUUCCUGUGAGGUUUGAGAACUGUGUGGCUUCUGGAACCACAUAUCCAGAUGUAGCCCUGUUUUCACACUUUCCAGUUGUUUUGUGGAUGGAUUCAGGGCUGCUUAUGUGUUCUUUUUUAAUUAAAAGACUUAUUUUUAUAUUUAAAAUGCUCUAUAAUCUUACACUGAAUUUCACUAAAUGCUGGUAUCCAAUCUGUUCUGUGUAAUUCCCCAAAUGAAGUUAUCAGGCACAGGGCCUCUUUUAUAUUAAAAUGGAAAUUUCUCAU